AUGCCAAUCGAGACACCUUCCGACACCAGUCCUUCCCCAUCUCCCUCUCUCGAGAUGCCCCCGCGCGCACAAAUCGUCGAAAUGACCGACGCCCUAGAAAAGACCGAGAUCAAUGGCUCCAAGAAACCCCGCAGACCAAUCAACGGCAACAAGAGAAAGCAAUCGUCCCCAAUGAUGCCCUCAUUCAUGGUAUCAGCGCCCGGAAAGGUCAUUGUGUUUGGAGAACAUGCAGUGGUCUAUGGAAAGUCUGCCAUUGCGGCUUCAAUCUCCCUUAGAUCCUACCUCCUCGUCACAGCGCUCUCCAAAUCCAAACGAACAAUCUCACUUCGGUUUCCAGACAUCAAUCUGGCGCAUACGUGGAAUAUCGAUGACCUGCCGUGGGAUACAUUUUCGCAGCCUGGCAAGAAGAAGUACUACUAUGACUUGGUUACUACACUCGACCCGGAUCUUGUCGCAGCUAUGAAGCCACAUCUUGCGAAUGUCUCUUUGGAUGCGUCUGAAGAUGUUCGUAAGGUUCAUCAAGCUUCUGCCUCAGCAUUUUUAUACCUUUUUCUCUCCCUGGGAUCGCGAUCUUUCCCAGGUUCGCUAUAUACACUUCGUUCCACUAUUCCAAUUGGUGGUGGACUAGGAAGCAGCGCCUCGAUUUGCGUCUGCCUAGCUGCUUCUCUCCUUCUACAAAUACGCACACUUUCAGGACCACAUCCUGACCAACCUUCUGAAGAGGCGAGACUUCAAAUCGAGCGAAUAAACAGAUGGGCAUUCGUGGGCGAAAUGUGUAUCCAUGGCAAUCCUUCAGGUGUGGAUAAUACAGUAGCGACACAAGGAAAGGCCGUUGUAUACCAGAGAUCUGACUAUGCGAAACCUCCCAAGGUAACGCCGUUGUGGAACUUUCCUGAACUACCACUCUUAGUCGUUGAUACUAGACAGCCAAAAUCAACAGCUGUAGAGGUCGCAAAGGUUGCGAAUUUAAAGAAGGCACAUCCACAAAUUACAGAUUCGAUCAUCAAUGCAAUUGAGAAAGUCGCCCAGAGCGCGGUGGAAUUGAUUGAGCACGAAGAAUUUGAUAGUGAGGAGCUCUCCAGUCUGGAGUCUCUGGGGAAAUUAAUGACAAUCAACCAUGGUCUUUUGGUUGCCUUGGGAGUGUCGCAUCCUCGCCUUGAGAGGAUUCGGGAAUUGGUCGACCAUGAGGGCAUCGGCUGGACGAAGCUCACUGGAGCUGGAGGUGGUGGCUGCGCUAUCACUCUGCUUAAACCAGAUACUCCGCCAGAUGUUAUGCGACACUUGGGAACCAAGUUACAGGAAGAAGGCUACAAUCAGUUCGAGACAACCCUUGGCUGCGAUGGUGUCGGUGUUUUGUGGCCUGCAGUACUCAAAAACGGAAGCGAGGACGAUAUGGGAGGAGAGGAAAUUGAUCAAGACAAGUUCUUGAAUGCUGAUGGUAUUGAAGGUGUGGAAGCGCUUGUUGGGGUCCAUGGAGAAUCGGGAGAAGAUAGAGAAGCCUGGAAGUUUUGGAGGGUGGAAGAUUAG